GCCUGUUAGCUUCUUAGCUUGACUGUAGUUGAAGUGUGAGUGAGUGUGAGAGAGUGAGUCAGACCGAGGAGAGAGGAGAGGCUGGAAACACCGAAUAAAGUGACUGUUACACUGAAUAAACGGACUGUUAUCGGGUUAUCGGAUUUAAUUCUUCAUCUGCGGACUUUCUGCUUCAAUUUCACCUCAAAUUCAGAGACUUUUCCGGGGGAGAAGAUCCUCUUUAUCGGUGAGUAACGGCGGUUAGUGUCCGGAGUUCAGGUGAAGGAGGUCCGACACCUUUACUUACCUGUUAAAUGUUAAAAUAUUAGUUUAUGUUCAGAAUUAAAAUGAGGACUCCAGCUAUGUUUUAUCAACACCUUACAAAAUAAAAGGUGAAGUCAAUUAAAAUGAGUUAAAAGAGGGGAAACAGUUUAAUCAUAACCUUUUAUUUUAUCAACCAAAACUGAAUCAUACUGUUUUUCACAGCCACAGGAAUAAACCGGUUAUCUGUAAUAGUUUAAUGUAGACAGAUCUGUUUAAAUAAUAUAACAACAUCAACUGAAUGGUGUUUUAAAAUGAAGACUGUUAGUUUUGUAGUUUUUUAGGGUUUCUUAAUAUCAGAUCAUUAUUAACAAAUAACAGAAUUACCAAAAUACAAAGACGGACUGUUUUAAAUGGAUGUUUAUGUGGUUUUAAGUUACUGAUCUGCAGUUUUCAGCGUUUCUCUGCAUCAGCUUCAUUCCUGCUGUUUUUUGGUUUCUUCUCUAAACCUGAUUUUCACUGAAACAAAGAUCCAUUUCUGUGGUAUUCACAGACAAACACCACGAAGGUUUCACGGUCUGAACUCACUGUGAUGAUCAAACACGUCAUGGUGUGUUUGAUAAAAGUCUGUAACUGAGUCCUCUGAUUAGGGCUGGGCGAUAAAUCGAUAACGAUAAAUAUCCAAAAUUAAUUUCCCUUAAUAUCAGUAUAAAACAUGAUCAAUAUCCUUUCCAAUAGUCCUCAUUCUGUCAUGUUUUGGUCGACUAUAUGAACAGCCAAUAAAAAGGGGAGUUGAUCGGAGUCCGCGUCACGCUGAACCAGGUUUUGUGGUUUUCCUGGUCCCUUUAAAAAGUCUCUGGAGGCAGAGACUCGGUCCUGUAGACCUGAGUGACUGAGUCCAGAGAAGAACUCAGUUCAUCGAAGUUUUAAUCGGAGCUUUAAUAACAGAAAAACGCUUCAGAAGUGACCAAUGAUUGCACCCUCACACCCGAGGUCACAUGUUCACUCUGAGACGGGGAUCAAACUAAAGAACAUACGGCUACUGAGACUCACCUCUCCACCACAGAGCAGGUAACCCCGCCCCUUAUACAACUAACCGCUAUCAAACUCAGGGAACCAAUAGCAACCAGACAAAGGUAAUUGAACACAGGAUAACCGAUCAGCAGAGCAGCAUCAUGGCUUCUACACCAAUCAUGUUCUGAAUCAGAACCAAGUAUCAACCAACAGACAGCAGCUCCACCCAACCGUCGCACUUUAACAGGUGAAGCCGACAGCACUGUUGGUGAGAAACAAAGAAAAUGAGUGCUACCCCCGACAGAAAUGACCAUGAAGGCUCAACAGAUGACCACAUCAAUGUCAACCACAACACUGGCGUUAGGAAAACGUCGGUGGUGUGGAGGUAUUUUGGUUUUUGGAGGUCGGACAUGAAGCAGAGUAAUGUGGACUGUAAAUUAUGUCGAGUACAUGUUCUCACAAAGUCGGGGAAUACCUCAAAUCUUUUUCACCACCUGAAGCAGCGCCACGCCGCAGAGCACGCGCAACGCAAAAGGUUACAAACCCCGAGAGGAGCGAGGAGCCCGUGGCGCCUGAAACAGACGACCAUUCAGUCGGCUUUCUCUAGAGCGACGCCUUACGACAAAACGCCAAAGAGACACAAAGACCUCACAGAUGCAGGAGAUUAUUGUGUUGGAAAAGACAUGAGACCAAUAAACACUGUUAGAUUUUUAGAUCCUGAUAUUGAUCGAUAUCAGCUGAUAGGAAAACAAUAUAUCCUGAUGAACCCUCUGUAUGUCGCUCAGCGCUGCCUCUGCUGUUUGUUUAGGUGAACUGAAGUCUCUGUGAUCUCCUCACAGGGUCUCCUCUUCUCUCCUCAUGACUCUGAACUUCUCUGAGUCCACAGACUCCAGGAUCAACAUCUACGCUCCUCAGUUUUCACACCUCAAACCCUCCACGUUCAGACCAGCUGAUCUGCUGUGUUCCUCCUGGUCCACUCCUCUGGAUUGAGGAGUCACCUGCUGCUAACUCCUCUAUCAGCCUCCUCCUUAUUUUCUAGGAGGAGAGGUCUGUGAAAACGAGCGCUUUAAGAGUUAGAGAGUCUGUUUACAGCAGGACCCCGGUCUACAGGCAGACCUGGACCCAGCCCAGUAUAAUGGUUGUGUUAAGGAGUCAGUCUGACAGAGGAAGAGGGCCCCUCCUCUGAUUGGAUGAUGAAAUUAGCCCCUCUUUAACACGCCGUCUUCUCCUCAAACACGCCGCGCUGACAUCCUGCUGCUCCGACAGACAGAGGCUCCGGUUCUGACCCGAUUAAAUUAAAGUGAAUUAAAGAGCAGAUGGUCUGUGAGAAAGACCCCAGACCUGAACCCUGAACCCUGUCCCUGAGGGGGGCGGGGUCUCCUUUUGUGUUCAUGUGUUCAUCAGGCCGAGUGAACAAGUGAACAAACACUGAGGACAGGAGAGGAGGAGGAGAGAGGAGGAGGAGAGAGGAGAGGGGGAGGAGAGAGAGGGGGAGAGAGAGGGGGAGGAGGAGAGAGAGGAGGAGAGAGAGGGGGAGGAGAGAGGAGGAGAGAGGAGAGAGAGAGGAGGAGAGAGAGGAGGAGAGAGAGAGAGAGAGAGAGAGAGAGAGAGAGGAGGAGAGAGAGGAGAGAGAGAGAGGAGAGGAGAGAGAGGAGGAGGAGAGAGAGGAGGAGGAGAGAGAGGGGGAGAGAGAGGGGGAGGAGGAGAGAGAGGGGAGGAGAGAGAGGGGGAGAGAGGAGAAGGAGAGAGAGGGGGAGGAGAGAGAGGGGGAGAGAGAGGGGGAGGAGGAGAGAGAGGGGGAGGAGAGAGAGAGGGAGGAGGAGGAGAGAGAGAGGGGAGGAGAGAGAGGGGGAGAGAGAGGGGAGGAGGAGAGAGAGAGAGGAGAGAGAGGGGGAGGAGGAGAGAGAGGGGGAGGAGAGAGAGGGGGAAGAGGAGAGAGAGGAGAGGAGAGAGAGGGGGAGAGAGAGAGAGAGAGAGGGGGAGAGAGAGGGGGAGAGAGAGGGGAGGAGGAGGAGAGAGAGGAGAGAGAGAGGAGAAGGAGAGAGAGAGAGAGAGAGAGGGGGAGGAGGAGGAGGAGAGAGAGGGGGAGGAGAGAGAGGAGAGAGAGGGGGAGAGAGGAGAGAGAGGAGGAGGAGAGAGAGGGGGAGGAGGAGAGAGAGGGGGAGAGAGAGGGGGAGGAGGAGGAGAGAGAGGAGGAGAGAGGAGGAGGAGAGAGGAGAAGGAGAGAGAGGGGGAGGAGGAGGAGGAGAGAGAGGGGGAGGAGAGAGAGAGAGGGGGAGAGAGAGGGGGAGGAGGAGGAGAGAGAGGAGGAGAGAGGAGGAGGAGAGAGGAGAAGGAGAGAGAGGGGGAGGAGGAGGAGGAGAGAGAGGGGGAGGAGAGAGAGGAGAGAGAGGGGAGAGAGGAGAGAGAGGAGGAGGAGAGAGAGAGGAGAGAGAAGGGGAGAGAGGAGAGAGGAGGAGAGAGAGAGAGAGAGGAGGAGGAGAAGGAGAGAGGAGGAGAGAGGAGGAGAGAGAGGAGAGGAGAGGGAGGGGGAAGAGAGAGAGGGGGAGGAGGAGGAGAGAGGAGGAGAGAGGAGGAGGAGAGAGGAGGAGAGGAGAGAGAGGAGAGAGAGGGGGAGAGAGGAGAGAGGAGGAGAGAGAGUAGAUAGAGGAGGAGGAGAAGGAGAGAGGAGGAGAGAGGAGGAGAGAGAGGAGAGGAGAGGGAGGGGGAAGAGAGAGAGGGGGAGGAGGAGGAGAGAGGAGGAGAGAGGAGGAGGAGAGAGGAGGAGGAGAGAGAGGAGAGAGAGGGGGAGGAGGAGGAGAGAGAGAGAGGGGGAGGAGGAGGAGAGAGAGGGGGAGAGAGGAGGAGAGAGAGAGGAGAGAGGGGGGAGGAGAGAGAGGGGGAGGAGGAGGAGAGAGGAGGAGAGAGGAGGAGGAGAGAGGAGGAGGAGAGAGAGGGGGAGGAGGAGAGAGAGGAGAGAGGGGGAGAGAGAGGAGGAGGAGAGAGAGGGGGAGGAGGGGGAGGAGGAGAGAGAGGAGAGAGAGGAGAGAGAGGGGGAGAGAGGAGGAGAGAGAGGGGGAGGAGGAGAGAUAGAGGAGGAGAGAGGAGGAGAGAGAGGGGGAGGAGGAGAGAGAGGGGGAGGAGGAGGAGAGAGGAGGAGGAGAGAGAGGAGGAGAGAGAGGGGGAGAGAGAGGAGGAGGAGAGGAGAGGAGAGAGAGGAGGAGAGGAGGAGAGAGAGGAGAGAGAGAGGAGAGGAGAGAGAAGGGAGGAGAGGGGAGAGAGGAGGAGAGAGAGAGGAGGAGAGAGAAGAGAGAGGGAGGAGGUGGAGAGAGGAGGAGAGAGAGGGGGAGGAGGAGGAGAGAGGGGGAGGAGAGGAGAGAGGAGGAGGAGGAAGGAGGAGAACAGUGUUCAAAUAAAACUGUUCAGACAGAAAUGAUCAUGUAGAGCUGAGCGAUAUUAGAAAAAGUUAAUCAUGAUAUUUGUUUUGAUUAUCAGCUGAUAUCGAUCAAUAUCAGGAUAUAAUGAUGAAAUGUAACCGAGUUUCCUGGUCGCCUGUUUUCCUAACGCCAGUGUUGUGGUUGACAUUGAUGUGGUCAUCUGUUGAGCCUUCAUGGUCAUUUCUGUCGGGGGUAGCACUCAUUUUCUUUGUUUCUCACCAACAGUGCUGUCGGCUUCACCUGUUAAAGUGCUAUGGUUGGGUGGAGCUGCUGUCUGCUACGACGCUGCAGUUGGUUGAUACUUGGUUCUAAUUCAGAACAUGAUUGGUUCAGACCCGGAGACACUCCCCUUUUCAUUGGCUGUUCAUAUAGUCGACCAAAACAUGUCAGAAUGACGACUAUUGGAAAGGAUAUUGAUCAUGUUUUAUAUUGAUAUUGAGGGAAACUAUCGAUAAUGAUAUUGAUGAACUGAGUCACUCAGGUCUACAGGACCGAGUCUCUGCCUCCAGAGACUUUUUAAAGGGACCAGGAAAACCAGAACCAGAACCAGGACUCUAAAGGGACAGUUUUUCUCUGUUCACACCUGAAUUGGACCUUUGGUAAAUCCUGAUAUCAGUUUGGACCAGAAGACCAGAGGAGCCCCCUGAGUUCAGUCAGGACCCCCUCUGACUGAAACAGACUGAGUUUUAGAGGUUGAUCUGGGACCCUGGAGUCCUCUCGAGGUUCUUUAAAACCGGACCACAGCUUCCAGCAGAACUUCAGGCUCCGCCCACAGGGUGGUCCCUCAAAGUUCUCCUGCCACAGUCAGAUGUUCGGCUCUUCAGUCCCUGUGGUUCAUUAAACACAGAAGAACUGCAGAUCCAUCAGGAGACCAGAGACCAGAGUCAGACUGGGAGGGACCAGCAGCCCCACAUCACCCCCCAAACCUGAACCAGAUGUGGUCUCCAGCUGUGAUGAGGUUUCACUCAGACCUCUGCCUCCUGUGUGGUCCUCCUCACCCAGACUGGAGCUGCUGUGGGCUUCAAUCUGGGCUUCAGGGAGACCAGGUUUAGGUCACCCUGAGGGUAGACCAAUGGAGUGGUGCCACCUAGUGGACCGGUUUGGUACAGUUUGGUCUGGUCCAGUAAACCCUCAAACUAACCCUCAUCGGUCUCGCUCUCUUCACGGCCUCAACGCCGCGGUGAUGGAGCGUCUUCUUCUUCUUCUUCUUCUUCUUCUUCUUCUUCUUCUUCUUCUCAAAGUAUCAUGAAGUUGAGGACCAGACGGACGGAUCAGGAGAGACCGGCUCACAGAUCCAAACUGAUGCUGUAGAUGUGGGUCUGCUUCAGAACCAGGACCCUCACUCAUCUGUUAAUCAGGGUCUGUUUGUUUCACACUGAUGAGACGGAGCGAGGCGUGUGUGUGUGUGUGUGUGUGUGUGUGUGUGUGUGUGUGUGUGUGUGUGUGUGUGUGUGUGUGUGUGUGUGUGUGUGUGUGUGUGUGUGUGUGUGUGUGUGUGUGUGUGUGUGUGUGUGUGUGUGUGUGUGUGUGUGUGUGUGUGUGUGUCUGUGUGUGUGUGUCUGUGUGUGUGUGUGUGUGUGUGUGUCUGUGUGUGUGUGUCUGUCUGUGUGUGUGUGUCUGUCUGUGUGUGUGUGUGUAUCUGUGUGUGUCUGUGUGUGUCUGUGUGGGCAGAGAGGUCGUCUCGUGGUGAGUCAGGUCCGUCUGUUCUGCUGACGUCUGGAUCAGUGAAUCUGAGUGAAGCUGCGAAUGGAUCAGCUGAUUGGGACCUUCUGGACCCUCGUCUGCUGCUGUCAGAUGUUCAUGAAGAGGAUCUUCUGCUCCACAUGAAAAACUGAAGAACUUCAGAUUACAGGACAGUGUCCCCUCAGUCCACUUUAGACUGGUCUAGGUCUCAGUUCUUUACAGACAGCUGGACUUCAGGUUCGGGCUGGACAAAGAUAUAGACAAAGGUUAUCACACCGUACAAACGGGCGGAGACGAACAAGUGAAAGGUUUUUAGACGUCAUUUCACCCCGAUGACACCAUGGAUGAGGAGAUGCUGAUUCUAGAAGUCUAGAAGUAGAUUUCCUCCUCUGGAAGGACACAAUCUACUGCUUAUAUGUCUAUGUGUCUGUCUUUAGAGAGACAACUCGUUAUCGUGAGAUUGGACGUGGAUCUGCAGGUUCUUGUGAGUUCUCAGAUUACCGAUGUCUGUAAUCCUCCAUGAAAUUAUCCUCACAAACUGACCCGGUAGGAAUUGGCGGACAGCAAGAAUCGCCGUCAUUCCAGAUGCGGUAAAAUCCUGAGUUAGUCAGCUCCAUAAAAGUCAGACUGGAAUCAUCUUCAACUCUCUGAGGCUCAACCCUGACUGUAGAUGUUUGACUGUAGAUGUUUGACUGUAGAUGUUUGACUGUAGAUGUUUGACUGUAGAUGUUUGACUGUAGAUGUUUGACUGUAGAUGUUUGACUGUAGAUGUUUGACUGUAGAUGUUUCUGACUGUAGAUGUUUGACUGUAGAUGUUUCUGACUGUAGAUGUUUGACUGUAGAUGUUUGACUGUAGAUGUUUCUGACUGUAGAUGUCUGACUGUAGAUGUUUCUGACUGUAGAUGUUUCUGACUGUAGAUGUUUCUGACUGUAGAUGUUUCUGACUGUAGAUGUUUCUGACUGUAGAUGUUUCUGACUGUAGAUGUUUCUGACUGUAGAUGUUUCUGACUGUAGAUGUUUCUGACUGUAGAUGUUUGACUGUAGAUGUUUGACUGUAGAUGUUUCUGACUGUAGAUGUCUGACUGUAGAUGUUUGACUGUAGAUAUUUGACUGUAGAUGUCUGACUGUAGAUGUCUGACUGUAGAUG